AUGUACGCGCUGCGUACGACAGGCCUCGCAAGCGAGCUCAAUUUAUCAGUUUGGUUACCAAAAAUGCAACAGAAACUUGUCCACAUCGCAGCUAAACGUGGCUGUGCUGUUUGCGCAGCGCUGGUCGAACGAACUGCGAAAAGCCCCCAAUCCGCACAGCUUCAUGUGUUGCCAAUGGUCUGCAAUCUAUCAAACAGAUUAGCCCCUUCGAUCGUUCAGUUGAACAUCGGUCUAAAUCGCUUAUUGCCUGGCGGCCUACAGACACCUGGUGUGAAACUUGAACGAUCCCACGGGAGCAUUCGCAUUUACGGUGCGGCGUACAGCGAACACAGCAGUUCUAGCGAACUGAAGACGUUCAUCACACAACUCCGUCCAAAGCGUGUACAGCCGACAGUUUGGAACAAAGGAUUGAACGCUCAGGAAUACAUCAAUGGUUGGCUGCAUUCGAACUGA